AUGUUUAGAAAUACUUUUCAAAGUGGAUUCUUAUCAAUUUUCUAUGCCAUUGGGAGUAAACCGUUACAGUUGUGGGAAAAACAAGUAAAGAAUGGUCACAUUAAGAGAAUUACAGAUCAAGACAUUCAAAGCUCUGUUCUGGAAAUUGUGGGAAUUAAUAUCAGCACUACAUUUAUUAACUGUCCUGCUAAUCCUAAAAACACAUUAGGUAUAAAAUUACCUUUCCUUGUUAUGGUAAUUAAGAAUUUAAAGAAAUUCUUUUCAUUUGAGGUCCAAGUAUUGGACGAUAAAAACAUGAAACGACGAUUCCGAGCAUCCACUUGCCAAAGUACAACCCGAGUGAAACCGUUCCUUUGUACCAUGCCAAUGCGACUGGAUGAUGGAUGGAAUCAAAUUCAAUUUAAUCUUGCCGAUUUUACAAGACGUGCUUAUGGAACGAAUUAUAUUGAGACGUGUCGAGUACAAAUUCAUGCCAAUUGCAGAAUACGAAGAAUUUACUUUUCAGAUCGUUUAUAUUCUGAGAGUGAUUUACCGAACGAGUUCAGAUUGUUUAUGCCAAUUCAAAGAUAA